AUGCCGGAUACCUGGAGUGUGACGGAGGAGAUGUGGAAACGGAAAGCCAAAGGCCUGGAAGAUCAGUACCAACGACUGCUGUCCGAUCACCAAGACUUGCGUCUCGAGAAGGCCAAGAUGAUGGGCGAGCUACGAGUGUUACAGCGCUUCAAAGAGACUGCCGAGGACACCAUAAGUCGCGAGACUGCGACCAGAAAGGCUGAACAUAAGGAUAAAGUGUCCGCCACGACGAAAUUGGAGCAGUAUAUUAAGAAAUACGAGCGUGAAUGCGAACGAGUGUUCGCACUUGAGCGUGAGAAUUCCUUCUUGAUGGAACAGGUCUCGGACAUUAAAGGGGAGACCGAGAAGCGCCUGGACUUGCUAAAGGAGUUGGAGGACUCACAAAAGCGCAGUGCUCGUCUGAAAGAAAAACUUCGAGAGAUGGAAGUCGUGGGUAUCGAGCAUGAAAACACAAUUCUGGAACUGAAGGAGAAGAACCAAAAACUCAAGCGCAAAUUGGCAGCUGCAGAGGAAGACGCAAGUGACAAAGCUGAGGAGGCCAAAAAUCUUGCUAUUCGACUAGCGGCUGUGGAAUCUGCGUGGGAAGCUGCUCGCGGACAGAACAAAACUGCACUCCAUGAGCUAAAAAAGAGGGAAUCGCUUUCGAAAGAGCUUGAAAAUGUCAAGUCCGAGACCAAGCAAGCGAGCUACCGCAUUCAUGCGCUCGACGUCGAGGUUGAGACGGCUCAAAGCAAGCUACGACACAAGGAUCGUACAAUCGAUGAACUUCGCGAGAAGAACGCAAGUCUCAAGAAAGAGAUCACUCGUCUAAAUGUUCGAAUGGAGGAUCUGUCAGCAAGUUUGGUGGCAGCGCGCGAGGUCAUUGAAGAGAAGGAAGCCGAGAUUGAGCGCAAGACUGUGCAGCUCCGCAGUAAGAAGACGGAAGUCAAGACGCUCGAGCGCAUUGAUGACUCGUCAAAAGACCGGAUUGAAGACCUCGUGUGUCAGGUGAGUGAGCUACAGCAACAACUACUAGAUACUCAGAAAGAGUAUCUUCGCAAGGUCAAGAAGGAAGAGCUUACGCGCGAGAAACAACGAGCACGUGAUCGUGCCGAAAUCACCAAGGAACUCGAGACGAUGUACAAGCCUCGUCGGUGCAGGAACUGCAACGAGACGUUCACCAACAAGUCCAACACGUCGCUCUCGUGCUCGUUCCACCCUGGUCGCUUCGUAGCUCGCAAGUAUCCACUCGAAGGCUAUCAGUGGAGCUGCUGCCAGAAGCGUGAGUUAUCAUCGAGACCGUGCAAAUUUGCAGGGCGCCACAUCGAGUCCAAGUUGUUGGACUAG